UUGAUGGUAACUUCCCUCACACUGCCGGUGGAAGCACCGCUGCUGCUCUGGUUUGUCCUGUAAGUCUUGUGCAACAAAAGAAAGUAACUUAUAACCCGGUGGAAAAGGAAUAAACUAACCCAUUGACAAAACGGAGACAAAAAAGGACAUUUUUCAUUCACUACAUUUUCCAUAACUACUCCAACCGGUAACUACAUGUGCCACAAGUAAAAAGGAAGUGUGCUUUUGUCUACAAAAUGUGGAGAGGCUGAUAGUUGUUAGCUAAAGUCGAAAUUUGUUUUAGGGUUUGUGGCACGAAGAAAACAGCUGAAACAGACAGACAGACAGAUUGUUAAAGGCAUAGUGAGGUAAAUGGAACCUCAGUUGUUGUGCUGCGAGGGGGACAGGCCUGCUAUCCGCAGGGCCUACCGGGACUCCAACCUGUUGACUGACCGGGUCCUGCACGCUCUGUUGCGGGCAGAAGACAAGUACCUCCCCGCUCCGAACUACUUCAAAUGCGUCCAGAGAGAAGUAGCCCCGUAUAUGAGGAGGAUAGUGGCUACCUGGAUGCUGGAGGUGUGUGAGGAGCAGAAGUGCGAGGAAGAGGUUUUCCCUCUGGCUAUGAAUUACAUGGACCGUUUCCUGUCAGUGGAACCCACCAAGAAGAACCACCUGCAGUUACUGGGAGCUGCUUGUAUGUUCCUGGCAUCCAAACUGAAGGAAACAAUCCCACUCACUGCUGAGAAACUCUGCAUCUACACAGACAACUCUGUCACACCGUCUCAGCUGCUGCAAAUGGAGCUGCUGGUUCUGAACAAGCUGAAGUGGGACCUGGCUUCAGUGACUCCGCUUGACUUCAUUGACCACUUCCUGUCGCAGCUGCCUGUCAGGAGAGAGAACAGACCCAUACUCAGGAAGCACGCUCAGACCUUUGUGGCGCUGUGUGCCACAGAUGUUAAGUUCAUAGCCAGCCCCCCGUCCAUGGUAGCAGCAGGCAGCAUGGUGGCAGCAGUGGAGGGCUUGCAGAUGAGAAUGUUGGGCAACGCCAUGAUGUCUCAGAAACUGACAGAGCAGCUGGCACAGACCAUCAGGAGCGACCCGGAUUGUCUCAGGGCGUGUCAGGAACAAAUCGAGUCGCUGCUGGAAACCAGUCUCAGGCAGGCACAGCAACAACAUAAUGCAGUUACCAUGGAAACUAAGAACAUCAGUGAGGGGCAGGACCUCUCAACUACGCCCACAGAUGUCCGAGACAUAAACAUCUGAUUGCCAGUCAUGGAGUGGGGUGAACUAGUGAAGUGGAUGGUCAUUUUGGACAUGCUCAAAUAACAAAAAGACUCGUGGCUUUUGUUUGACAUGAUGUAGUGUGUGUUUUCAAUCGCUCCGAAGUGACUGGACUCAACAGUGUGUCAGAACUGUUAACAUGAAGUCCAUUAUGAACUGUGGCGGAGAGGCUGACUGGACAUCAUCACGUCCAGGACACUGACAAUGUUAAGACUGGAAUUCAGCUCUCACUGCAGAAAUGACUCUAAGAGUAACAUGUGUUCACCUGUGGGUGACAGCUGGUGCCAGCAGGCUGCACCCACCAAGGCGUUGAAGGCCUAUAGGCCGCUCUUACCCUACAUCUCCUCCCAAAUUGAAACCAUCUAGCCUCAGAAACUGAUUGUGAUGUUAGACAUCCAUGGGCCUGUUUUUAAUCAAACACAUAAGAGUUACACUAAGAACGCUUUCAGCUCUGGAGUAGAAAAGUUCAUUAAAAGUCUUAUCAGCUGAUCACUGCCUCUGCACUGCAGAAGUCGAAGACCCCAACAGGUUACUCUUAAGAGACUUUUUUUUUAAGGAGUAAAAGUGAGGUAUUUCUAAAAUUUGUAUCUUUUAUCAUUUUUAGCAGUUUGAUAAAUAUGGGCCCAGACAGUUGCCCUCUUACGGACAAUAAAAUGUGUUCUGUGAUAUAGUUAACAGUAUGAGCUAUGAUGUUUUGCUGAAGACAUGAUGCACAACUGGCAAAAGAAAAAAAGAACAACAGUUGAGCUUUCCAAAAUGGACCAAGAAAAGCUAUUUGACUAAUAAAAUAUACCUUAGAUCACCUUUCGUCAUAAGGUGCAAGUACCUAGAACAAAGUGAAACCACUGUUCUAAUGUAAUGUAAUGCAGUGUAAUGCACACUUUAUACCACUAGAGGGAAUGCAGAUCUAUGCUGAUGGUGUUGUUGUUUUUGGUUGCUUGUCCCAUGUCAGUCCAUUGACGAGUAAUGUCAUUAGAAGCUAUUGCAACUCUGAAUGAAUGCAUAAUGAACUGUUUAACAAUCAGACUGGACAAAAAUAACUUUUUAACUGCACAUACAGUCUUUCUGUUCUCCAGGAAAAGCGAUGAAGCAGUACUAGUUUUGUAAAGUGUACUACUGUAUUUUGCCUCUCAUAUUUAUUAUUUCUCAUCACUUGACUUGUACAGUGCUAAAAGUUCUUCUCAAGAGUGGAAAUACUGUCAAAGACUGCUUUUCUGGAUUCAGCUGCUCUAUACAUAAACACAUAACAAUGGUCCUGAAUGGUCUUGAAUAGAGAAGCCACAACUAAAUACCUACACAGUGGAAUGAGUAACAUUUUAUUUUUAUUUUUUUAGGGUACUGCCCUCAUGACAUAAGCUCGUAUGAGGUUAAGCUCUGUGUUGAUGCACUGUUUGUCUGUCUUAGCACAGAGCAUAAAGAUGAAUUAAAGGAAAACUGUCUUAUGAGA